GCAGCUUCCAAUUUAGCGGACAUUUCGACGUACGCGCGCAAGCCUCGCUAGUUGGACGUAAACGCCGGAAGUAUUAGGUGCUCUCGACAUGAAGCUCCUGGUUUGCCUGUUGCUGGUAUCGGCGGUGGCUUUCGCCGAGGAGGAGCCCGCUGCCGCGACGAAGAAGGACAAGCGUGGUCUGCUGCUGGGCGACUACGGCGGUCACGGUCUGAGCUACGGACUCGGCCACGACUACGGACACCACGUCUCGCACACGGUUGUUAAGACCGUCGGAGUGCCCGUGCAUGUGCCCCAGCCCUAUCCCGUCCACGUGCCCGUAGACCGUCCCUACCCCGUGAAGGUCCCAGUGGCAGUGCCGAAACCUUACCCGGUCGCCGUGCCAGUGCCCCAGCCCUACCCCGUCGUCCACACCAAGACAGUAGCGGUCCCGGUCGACAGGCCCUACCCAGUCCACGUUCCGGUUAAGGUCCCCGUUCACGUGCCCCAGCCCUACCCCGUCAAGGUCCCCGUGGCUCACGCAGUCCCAGUUCCAGUGGCAGUACCUCACCCCGUCGUCGUUAAGGAGCAGGUUCCGGUCUACAUCAAGGAGCAUCACGGCCACUAUGGCCACUUUGGCGGCCACGGUCUCCUGUAAACUGGAGCAGCCAUCGCCAUCGCCGCAAGCCACAUACAGCGUCGCGCCCUGACGAGCGUUCAGAAUCCGAGCGAUUCGCGUUGACGUCGGCGUUCACAUCCUACAUACGGACAUCGCCCAAUACGAGAGUAUAAUAUAACGCGCGCUCGCAGAGAGCCCGCGAUACCGACCAAAAUGUCUUCCCUUACUCGCUGUAAUUAUAGCGCAAUCAAAUUUUAACGUAAUAAAACAUGCAUUUGUAAGAUUGUUUUUUAGAAAAAAAAA